CCGUGCAAAGAUGCGGGCCUUAAGGGCUUUAAACAGAUGCGAAACUAAGCCGUGCAGCCAUGGUCACUUCGCUGUUUGCAAGGGCAAGCUUCAUACCUUCGAGUUGGGCCUCCGCGUUUGGUAGGUCGUAAGCAGCCAUGGCAGGCAGCGCCGCGACCUAUAUGCCUCAGUCGGCGGUCUUCUCAACCUCUUCACGGCCACGUGUGGCGCUGGACGUGGAUGAGGUCCUCUGUCGUACGGCGGAAGCCUUCUGCAUGUGGCACUCAGGGCAGCCGGGCACUGACCUCACGGAAUGCUUCCAGAGAUGCUACUCCACAGAUGCGUCCGCCUUGCGGGAUCAGUUCCUUUGCUCUGACUUCGCCAUCAUGGCGGAACCCGUGUUGGGGAGCCAAGAGGUGCUACAGGGACUGAAGUCCGCAGGAUUUGAGCUGCAUGCGGUGACAUCACGCCCUGGGCACUGCAAGUCCAGCACAGAGCGCUUUCUGGCACGAUGUUUCCCUGCUUUGAUCAGUGGCCUACACUUUGCUUCAGCCUCAGGACCCAGCAAGGGCGAACUCUGCCGACAGCUGGGUGCGGUGGCGUUGGUGGACGACCAACUGCAAAACGUGAUGGAUGCGGCUUCACACGGUGUCCGAUGUGUGGUGUUGGACCUGCAGGGUCAAUAUGUUUGGAACCACAGCACGUCGUUGCCCAACGGCGCACAGCGUCUCUACUCAUGGGCUGAGACUGCGUCUUUCGUGAUGAGCCUCCAAGGCAUGCCGAUGCCCUCUGCGGCCUCGGCGGCCUCCCAUGUCUCGCAGUUCUUGCCGCGGAGUCAAUCGGAGUUCGGAGCAGGCAGUGUGCCGAACUCCCAAGCGACGGCCUUGCCGCCGGGAGAAUACGCUCAGAACGGAUAUUCCGUGCCGAGAACUCAACUGCCGCCUUCUUCACCUUCGGUUCCGCAGACUCAGCUCCCGAGCACUGCCACUGCCGUCACUGCAAUCGACCGGCCAGAGCUGUUGCACGAUGUCCCCGCAACGCAUCCGUCCGCGCACAUGGCCACCCAGCAGCUGCACUUGCCGCAGACGGCGGUCUCACUGCCAAAGACACAGCUGCCGCCUACGCAGCCGCAGGGCGGUUUUUCCAAGCGAACGGUGGGUGAGCCACGGGAGGUGAUCUUCAAGCCGCGCUUGCCCUUGGGGAUUUUUGUGUCGGAUUUGCACCUGGGGCGUGUGAGCGGAGUUUUUGAUGGCCAAGCCAAAGAGCAAGGCCUCGAGGCGUACUUUGUCAUGGCGGCCAUCGAUGGUAAGCCAUACAGCGAAGCUCUAUUGGAGCAGAAGAAGGAUGGCAACGUCCCUUACCGCGUGAUGAUUCGACCGAUUCCUCCACCCAAUGCGGAAGUUAUGAUCGAAUGCAUCAAGGUGGUGGGGCAAGACGUUUCCUCGUUGCCACCGGAGCUGCGGCACUUGGACGUGGAGGUCUAUGACGAGCCCUGCUUCAUCGGUCGCGCCGAGCAGGCAAGCUUCUUCAAGAAGCUCCUGCCAGACGAGGAGUUACGGAACUGCAUCUCCCGACGUCACUUCAGCCUCUCCUGGGCUUCUGGAGCGCUCCAAUUCACCAGGCUCUCAGUGAACACCAUCUUCGUCAACAAGGUCUUCGCACCGGUGAACGGCACGAUGUUUCUUCCGGAUGAAGCACUGCUUUAUCUUUGCAGCAGCGGAGACGAGAAUGUUGCAGUGCCAGGCAGGAAGCAACGGGCUGCCUGUGCCAGCCCUUUGGAGUUGCUCUCCUGGGAGGACACGGAUGAACAGGUCCCUGUGGCGGUCUUCCGUGUGGUGACCCUGAAAGUGGACGGCCGCCCGGUCGAGGAGACUGGGCCGGGCGGGGCGGCUGGGCCGGGCGGUCCAACCGGGCCGCCAGCAGCGCCCGCGAGGGCGCGCUUGCUUUGCACAAUGUCCCACACGGGACACCUGGAGAUGCUGCCGGCGAGUGCGCGCUCCUUUCCCGUGCAGACGCACACAAAAGUCGGGCGUGAGCACCAGCAGGCCUUCUUCGAAGCGGUGCUGAGCGCGGAGAGCGUUUAUUGGACGGCGGUCUCUCGGAGCCACCUGGACCUCACCGAGGUGGAGCCCGGGACCUUCCUGGUGCAGAAUUUGAGCGUGAAUCACGUCAUGGCGAGCGGACGACAGUUGCAGAAGGGCCAACAGACUACCAUGCAGGUGAACAGCGCCAUCGACUUUCUGGCAGUGCCUCCUGGAGCUCCGCCGGCGGCCGUGCCGCAGUGCUUCCUGCGACUGGAGCUAAUUCCCGAUGGCAACGCUGCUGCCCCGGGCGUCCCUGUUGUCCCGGGCGCCGCUGCUGCCGCGCCGCUGGGUGCCGCGACCAUCGGUGGUGCCCCGUCCUCGCCGCGGGCGAAGAGCUUCUGGCUGGAACUGUCGGGCACGGCUGUGCUGGAGCGAAGGAGGGUCGAUGCAAACGAUGGGAAGAUUGUGGUGGGAAGAGCUUGGCAGUUCGACUUGCACAAGCAGGCACUUCGGCCGGAGGUGCAGACCUUUGUGAGCCGAGAACACUUCAAGGUGGAGGAGCUCCGACAUGGCCCAGCUGCGUCGGCCUUUCCUCAAAAGCCAGCGUUGUGGUUGACCGCCUUGAGCUCGAAUCCCAUUUGGAUGCAGCGCCAUGGUCAACUGCGGCAACUUUCCAAGGAGGACUCGGUUGAGGUGGAUGCCGGGGACCAGAUCCUCCUCUACACCGGCGCCAGUGAUGGCUCCCCCGAUGGCAGCGGCUGCGCUGGAACGGUGCUGUGGACCGUUGGACGCGACUAAAAAGAAUGACCGGUCGGUACAGAGGACGCUACGAACGG